AUGGUCCCAACGCCCCAUCUUAUUUCCGUGCCUUCUACAGCCUCGUCCAUUCCAUACCCUGUUGGCACAUCGUCGUUUAUUCCCCUGGCGCCUCCUGCGUCAACGUCUUCGGCCAAGCCUGUCGUCGGCAAACCUCCAGAGAUCUGUCAUUACCACCUGAUUUUUGGGCCUGACUCCAAACAGUGCAUUCCACCCUGUUCGUUCCAAUCCGAGGACAUCAGGAAGGUGUCUGCCCCAACCUCCAAACCUGUAGCCGCAUCCGCUGAAACUACCAACGUCGGGACUUGUCGCUAUCACAAGACUUACGGUCCUCGUAGCGAGAAAUGUGAACAACCAUGCAUUUACAGGAAGGAAAAGAAGGAUCCAAUUUCGUGUGCGAAAUCGCAGUCCAACACUUCCUCCGCGAAGGAGUCGACAACGGCGCCGAUGAAGGAGUCUACGCUCUCUUCCAGCAGUUCUCGAGAAGUAUGCUUCUUCCACAGAACAUACGGCUUAGGCUCCGUCAAGUGUCAGCCACCGUGCGUUCUGUCACCGCACAAUGCAACUUCUGACGAAGCCGACGUCGCCAAGAAGUCUCGAAGGGGUUCCACGUCGAAGUCUUCGCUGACACCGUCCUCUGCCGCAGUUAAGCCCGACAACGAGGUCUACCCGGGAGCCAGCCACUCGCAUACCAUUUACGUGCCAGUUCCGUCCAAGCGUCGUCGAGUCGAAUUGGCACCGAAUGACACUGAUGGCUUUGAGUUGACGUCUAACGGAGCCUCAGAUAUUUGUCCGCAUCACAGACAAUUUGGUGAGAAGGCCGUCGAGUGUGUACCACCGUGCAAAUUCCACAAAUCCCGCCUAUCAGCUAGCGAAACGGAACGGGGUGGAUCCGUCUCUGAUUCCACUCACAAGUCGCUUUCGGAAACAGAUUCACACUACGCUCAUCGAGGACGGUAUAGGAGCGAAAGCACAAAGCGCACGUCGCCAUACAAGUACUCCUCAAAAGGUCUGUCGGCGGAGGAUAUUCCUGCACCUUGCCAACAGCGCCCGUCGAACUCGCCUCAGGCACAAUCACCGGGCCUGUGUGUCUACCACAACGAGUUCGGUGAUAACGCCAAGCUCUGCUACCCUCCGUGCUCCUACAAACCGUCCACUGACAAUGCCUAUCCACGGCGACACGACGAUCGCGAAUCGUCAACACGUUCGGGGGAAUCGCGGGAGACAUCGAGGCACCGGUCUCCCGUAUUUUGCCGCUACCAUCAGCAGUUUGGUGACGCGGCACGCAAUUGCCAACCGCCCUGCGACUAUGCGUCUGCGCAGUCGUUCUCGAGGGAGCGUCAGUGUGGCCUGUCUUCCACCUAG